UCGGAGUCUGGACCGAGCAGUGCGGAUUUCAUCGCUCGUUUUUCAUCACCAUCUUGCAGAGUACGAUAAGGAGUGACCGCGACGUUCGAAAUGCAGGAAUCGCCGGAUAGAAAGUGAUCGUGCGUCAGAGAGCUGCACAUACAGCGAUAUGGCGAUCAAGAAAGAGGAUUUCGUUAUCUUGGACGGCUGCUAUCACCGUUAUCCCAACACAACAGGUGUUCGAUAUCAGCUGAAGCUUUUGGAAGAUAAAUUCGUCUUCCAGGCGAAAGGUAAACUGACCGAGGUUCGACUCGAAGAUGUGAUCGGAUGCCAUGUGAUGCGAUUCUCGUCUGAUCGCUCAGACGAUGGAACGUCGAAAGAUUCGGCUUUUUUUUCCCUCUACGCCUAUCACUUGGCGACGCGGAAGGGGAUCAAGGGCGGUCUGGCUCGGCAGAGGCAUACAUACAUUUUCGAAGUAGACAUCUGUGCGACCUAUGAGAACAAUCUCAAAGUUGCGCGAAAAUGGCAAAGUGCCGUCUUGUGGCUGCUCCGGGGACACCGUUUCCUGAUAAAUGGCUCUGGAGACGAACCCUUGAUCCCGGAAUCCUUACCUGCUCAACGACGAUACCUUUGCCUCGUCAAUCCGAAAUCCGGUCCCGGGAAGAGUCUGGAGAUAUUUUUGGAGCGCGUCCGACCAGUCCUUUCGGAAGCAGAUGUGUCACAUCUAUUACUUGUCACAGAGCGGAUAAACCACGCCAGAGACUUCGUCCGAAAUCUCGAGUUGGACCAGUGGUGCGGCAUCGUAAUCAUAUCAGGCGAUGGACUCCUCCAUGAAGUGUACAAUGGACUCAUGGAGCGAUCGGAUGCUGAAGAAGCCAUCAAGAUACCGAUCGGCAUGAUUCCAGGUGGAUCAGGCAACGGAUUGGCCAGAUCGAUUUGUCACGCUUCGGGGGAACCAUAUUUGGUUGAUCCUAUUCUCGCUUGCACCCUGGCCUGCGUGAAGGGUCGCCUUCAAGAACUGGAUCUUUUUCGCAUCGAGAUGCCAAGCAAGCCACCAAUAUAUUCAUUCCUGUCGUUCGGCUGGGGCAUCAUGUCAGAUAUCGACAUCGAAUCUGAGAAAUUGCGUUCCAUUGGAGAGAUCAGGUUCACCCUGUGGGCUUUCUGGAGGAUCUUCAAUCUGCGUACGUACUCUGGCCGCAUUUCGUACAUGCCGGCCAAAGAGAAGCGGAUCAUGUCCUCACCCGUCGACGCCAACGCGAACGUCACGGCCGAUGACACUUUCCCGACUCUCGAACAGAAGGUCCCAGAUGAUUGGCUAGUUGAGGAGGGUCGGUUCGUUAUAAUCUACUCAUCACUCGUAAGCCAUCUCGGCACUAAACUGUUUUUUGCGCCUGAAGCCCGCCUCGAUGAUGGAGUGACUUGGCUGAUGAUGAUUAAAGGCGAGGCAUCGAGACGACAGAUUCUCUCGUACUUCAUCAAUCAGGAAGUCGGCAAGCACGUUGACCUGCCGUGGGUGAAGAUUAUUCCUGUCCGGGCUUUCCGACUCGAAAGUUUUGAUGACAGUAUCAUCACUAUUGAUGGAGAAAUUGCUCACACCGACGUCGUCCAGGGCAGGGUUCUACCUGGCAAAGCCAGAAUUCUUUCUUUCUAGUCACUUUUCUUUCGACGAUGCCGUUCGAAUCGGCGAAGCCUGUGAUGAUAACUUCUUGAGCUGUCCGAAGCCCACUCCCCGCCUGAAACGUAAGCAUGUGAAGGGAGCUCCGAUACACCUAUAAGGUGCACCUACAGGCUGGUCUAAUACCCGAACGAUCGAAUUCGAUCGCGAGUCACGAACAGUUUUCCCAGCUUCUCGGAGUUCUUUAACGCACAUCGAGCAUUCAGCCGAAUAGCUGCAUCUGAAAACUCGUAAUCGCACCGUGAGCUGCACACUCUUCGGAUCGGAAGGACAGGCGAAGGAUCUCCCUUUCUGGAAAUUUGAUUGUUUAGGACAAUACUAGUGAAGAGGAAGCAUUUUCCUGGAUCGAGGGAGAAAUGAGGCGACAAUUGAGAUUCAGGUAGCAGGGCUCACUUCACGUGACGUUCUUAUCUGACGUUUCUCAAGUUCAUGAGAACUUGCCUGACGAGAAAUACCGAUGUACACCUCAAAGUCUAAUGUACUGCAUCAUUCUUAUAAUACUAGGACUUCGAAGCCCAUACGGUCGAUGAAUAAACCCCGUUGUUGAUUUA